CCGCCGCCCGCCGCCUGGGCCGGGCCGAGGAUGCGGCGCAGCGCCUCGGCGGCCAGGCUCGCUCCCCUCCAGCCCGCUUGCUAACUUCCCUGGCUCCAUCCCUGUCCGUCAGCGGGCCGCCCCGUCUCCCCGCGCCCUCUGGGUCGGGUCCUCCAGGCACGCCGGGCGCUGCCGCCGUGUGCCCCCUGCUGCCAGCCUGCGCGCCCGCGCUCCCCGCCCGCGCCCCGCGCCCGCGCCCCUUUCUCUCCCGGUCAUGCUGCCCCUCUGCCUCGUGGCCGCGCUGCUGUUGGCCUCCGGGCCCGGGCCGAGCCUGGGGGACGAAGCCAUCCACUGCCCGCCCUGCUCCGAGGAGAAGCUGGCGCGCUGCCGCCCCCCCGUGGGCUGCGAGGAGCUGGUGCGGGAGCCCGGCUGCGGCUGUUGCGCCACUUGCGCCCUAGGCAAGGGGAUGCCCUGCGGGGUGUACACCCAACGCUGCGGCUCGGGCCUGCGCUGUUACCCGCCCCGGGGGGUGGAGAAGCCCCUGCACACGCUGAUGCACGGUCAAGGCGUGUGCAUGGAGCUGGCGGAGAUCGAAGCCAUCCAGGAAAGUCUGCAACCCUCUGACAAGGAUGAGGGGGACCACCCCAACAACAGCUUCAGCCCCUGCAGCGCCCAUGACCGCAGGUGCCUGCAGAAGCACUUCGCCAAAAUUCGAGACCGGAGCACCAGUGGGGGCAAGAUGAAGGUCGUCGGAAUGCCCCGGGAGGAAGCCCGGCCUGUGCCCCAGGGCUCCUGCCAGAGUGAGCUGCACCGGGCCCUGGAACGGCUGGCCGCCUCACAAAGUCGCACCCACGAGGACCUCUACAUCAUCCCCAUUCCCAACUGUGACCGCAACGGGAACUUCCAUCCCAAGCAGUGCCACCCAGCCCUGGAUGGACAGCGCGGCAAAUGCUGGUGUGUGGAUCGGAAGACGGGAGUGAAGCUUCCGGGGGGCCUGGAGCCGAAGGGGGAGCUGGACUGCCACCAGCUGGCUGACAGCUUCCACGAGUGAGCCCUGCCAGCGGGCAGGGGACUCAGUGCCCCCUGCUACUCUCUCCCCUGGAGGCUGCAGAACUGACCUGGAGCCUGAGUCUGAGUCCUGGCUCUGCCUCCAGCCCAGAAGUUUCCCUUGGGUGUGUGUGUGUAUGUGUGUGUGUGUGCGUGUGUUUAUGAGCUUGGGUGUGCCCUUGGGAUGAGCUGGAGCCUAGGGGUAUCCUCUUUGGGUUUAGAUAGCCCAAGAGGUCUGAGAGUGGCAAUGGGGAGCCCUGGUGUGUUUCCAAAUUGAUCCUGGAUUCAUUCAUUCAUUCAGCCAUCUAGCCACUCAGCCAUCUAAAAACAUUUAUUGACCACAUACUACAUGCCAGCUCUAGUUUUCAGCCCUGGGGGCUCUUAUUCUGCCUUCCUCUGAUUUGGGCAUCUGGGGCCACCUCCUAUAAGAUGAGCACAACCCUGUGGAAGAAGAGAAGUUCCAUUCCCAGAAUCAGAGGAGGAAAGUAGACGUGUACCUUGACAGCUGUCCCUCCCCUCAAUCUAGUCAGAGGGUAGAGGCUGUAGGGAAGGUGUGGGGUGGCAGAUGGCUCAAAGGUCAGGAGACCCAGACCCAUUUCCAAAGCUCAGGCCUGCCAGGCUCCCCUUCUCUUUCUCCCAGGUCCCUCCAGGGGGAAGGACCUACAGAGACAAGCCCAGGUCCAUCUCGGCUUUUGUGUUGAGAAUUGUGCCAUUUGCUUGGUUGCCUGGCAGCUGAGACCCCGCUAUAGGGGAGGGAAGAGAAAGGCAUGCAGGACAGAGGGUUGGGGAGGUGGGGCUCAUUUCUGAGCAGUCAAGAUCAGAGGAAAGAAUGCAUGGUUGGACUGUAUGUGCCUGAUGGAGAAGAGGACCCGCGUGCUGGGGGUGAGGGACUUGCCUGGGGUCUUGCUUCUUCCCCCAUUUGUGGUCACAGCCACGAAGUCACCAGGAUGACUCCAUCCUUCAGUGGCUCACACCCUGUGGCUCUGCCUCCCUCCUCACAUCUCCUUCCCCUGCACCUCCCUCCCCUACACUGCCUUACCCCCUGGGCAUUUUCUGGCUUGACUGGAUAGAAGGAGACUUAGGGACCUACCAGUUGGCCAUGGUAUCUUUUCUUUUUCUUUUUUUUUUUUUACAAAACAAAAAAAAAAUCUAGACAAUUGUGUUCGGUUGAUUUAUUUAAAAUUAGAGACAGGGAUGCACCAGGGGUGGGGAGACCUGUCUUAUGUGGUAAAAGGACUUCAAAAGGUCAGCCAGUUCACCCUCCUCUUCCCUGCAGCCUCUUCCUAGGGGGCCUCUCCAUCCCCAGACUCUGUGCUGUCUUUGUUCAGACUCCUGGUGGGCAAAUAAUGGCUUCUGAACGGAGGGAGCAAGCAAGGACAGCCCUGCUGGGCCAGAGCUAUUUCUGGGAUCAGCUGGUGUGUGAAGCUGGGGCAUUUCCUAGGACAUCAGGCAGAUUGGGUUUGCAUCUGGAUUUGAUUUAUUAAUUUAGUAUGAGGGAGGCACUGCCCUGAAGUUGGGGAAAGGGGAUAAACUCUCCAACGCAUUCCACAGCUCUGACUGCCUAGAUUCCUGACUGGGAGGUGUGCUAAGAUUUGAUUCUGAGGGGUUGGGACUGGGGGCAUCUUUGGUCUUGCUCUCCUGGGCUCACCAGGCUGUGGGCUCCUGGUGCCAGCCCCAGAAUUUGUGCCCAUGUGGUAUGACUGGAUUCCUGGUCGUCUCCCAAUGCCCCUCUCUAUCCUCCACCUCUGUGCUGUGUGAGUGUGUGUGUGUGUGUGUGUGUGUCUGUUGGUUGUGUGUUGAUCUCUUGGGUGGGGGUUCCUUCCCAGGAGGUCAUGGGCAGCCUGGAGAGCCCUUGCACUGAGUCUGCUGCACUCGGGGGAGUUCCCUCCUAUCCGGCUGUCUCCUGGAUUCCCAGCCCCUCCCUGGCUCCAGAGGCACUCCCAGGCCUCUAGAUUUCCCUGGGCCCUGAUGCACUGGCACCUGUGCUGUCUGCAUCUUGAGUCUGGGGCUGCAAUCCUCGUAGCGCUGCCUUGGUGGCGGCAUCCUGUAGCCGUCUGAUUUCCCUGAGGCACUGUGGCCCACUGCCAGCAGCAGGAGAUAAAGAACAAAGUGAUGCUGAGGGUUGCUCCCUCGGCCUCCUGGCCACUCUUCACAGAACACCCUACUUCUGGGGCUGAGGCCAAGGCAUGUUGGGGUAGGAGGUGGGUACAGGCUGACGAUUAAGUUUUAGUUCCCCACACCAGGUAUAGAGAGAGUAUCUCUUUCCCUAAAGCAUCUCUUUAGAUUCCCCUCUGUCUCCAGCCCUCUUCCCAAUGUUCUAGCCUUGGCAGUGGGUGAUACGAGGUUCUUUUUCUUUCAUGGGCCUCCAGAAAAAGCAGGGUCUGCUUGCGAAGAAGCUGCAUGUGUGGCCUGGGAUGUGCCUUUGGGAUAUACGUAUAUUUGUGGUGUGUGUGUGAGUGCACACAUGUGCAAAUAUGGUAAAGUGAUAUUUGAAAUGUGAGUGAGAGUAUGGGCUUUUACAGGGUAUGUAUAUCUGGUGUGGGUGUGCAUAGAUGAGAUGCACAUUUGUGUGGUGUGUCUAUGUGGGCUGUAUGAAUCUGAGUGUGAAUGUGUGUGAUGUGAAGAGAGAGGAAAGGAGAAAUUCACCAAGUAUGUAUGUACUUCCCUCCCGGCUGUGAGUGAAUGACCAUCGCUCAUUAGGUGUCUCCACCGCAGGGUUUGUGGGGAGCUGUCUAGCACCAGAGAAUAGAGGAUGUGCACUUUGGGAGGGGGAAUUCCACAUCCCACAGAAACUGCCCCCCACCCCUGGUACUUGCCCCCACGAUCUGGGAGCCAGGUCUUAGGUGUCAAAAAAGAAGGAAAUAAAAGCAUCUCUAUGUCAAUGUGGACAUGCUCCUCCACUGCCAGGUCAGAGGAAGUGAACUGUCACGGGCAGUGUCACAGUGUGGAGAACUGGGCUCCAGAGAGGAAUUGCUAGUUUGCACCUAGGCCCUCCCACCAUGGCCUCCAAAGACCCUUGAAUGGUCACUCUAGUUGCCACAGGGGCAUCAGCAUUUCUGGCAGAGGUGGAAGGGAGGAGGUGGUGAGGACCAAACUCUUGUGUCCUAGUGGGGCCAACGUACCUGGAUGAAGUUAAAACUGAAGCCCUUGAGAGCUCUGCCCUGCCUCCUCAAGAAAUGUCAUUCCCCCCCUCCCACACCCAACUGUGGCUUGGAGCAGCAAGAUGGGGGGCACCUUGCCAGGCUCCCCUAGCCCAUUGGUACCGAUCUACAUCAGGCAUUUGGUUUCCAUUUCCCAGCUCAUUAGUGGAGAUCAAGCCCUGAUGUUGGGAUGAGGGUUGGGGGCUGGAUUUUAAAUUGGCAAGAAGGCAGGGCGGGAGUAGGGAGAAAAAAAUGGAGACUUGGACCGACUCCAGUGUUGGAUUCAGGUGGGGGAAUCUCUGGCGAGCUGGCCAAGCCUCCUAGCCUCUCCUCCUAUCAGGGCCCUGAGGUUCCAACCAUUGCCAUCCCUUCAACUCCUUCCAGGAAAAGGCCGCUUGUCCCAACCCCUCUGCCCUCUGGGCCAGAUUUGACCACCAAGCUGCUCCAGGAAUGUUAUGAGGCAUGCAGGACUUGGGGAACCUGCUUGGCCCCCCUUCUUGGGGAGGAUAUGGCUGUGUGGUAAAUGACCCCGAAAUAUUCCCAGCCAGAGAAACUCCCCCUGCAUUCCAGACCACUAUGGCAAUGUCACCUCUGACCUAGAAAGAGAAAGUCAAGAUGAUGUGGUUGGAUGGAGCUGGGGGGCAGGCUCGCAGCUGGGAUCUUGGGUCCUCAUAGGGAGGA